GUUUAUCUGCAAAAUUGUACGAAGAAAAAAGCAAAUUGGUUUAUCAAGUACAUCCAAUGCCUGAUCAAAUAUUAGAUUACGUCUGGGACUAUGGUCAUCUCAAAGCAGAUGAACGAAAUUAUAUCGAAAUUAUGGUGAAAACUCAAUUAAACCAUCCAUUUUUUGCCGAAUUAUUGUGUGCGUCACAAGCAUUUAUUCGUAAAGUUGAAGAGCCAUUUAGUGUUAGUUUAAGAGAUGUGAAACGUGCUAUCAAACUUUUCAAGUUUUUUAAAGAUAAACUUAAUCAAUUUAAUUACGUGCAAAAUAAUAGCAAAAUUAUAUAUCCCGAAAUUCGUCCAUUGGUGUUAGCACUUAGCUUAUGUUACCUUUUUAGACUCCAUGACCAAUCUCAACGUAAAGAAUACCGAAAAGAAAUGAUCGGCAUAAUAGAAAAGUAUCAAAUAAUUGAUGAACCUCGAAACAGGAAAGAUCUUUUUGAAAGAAUCAUUUCAGACGAACAAAACAAUUAUAUCGAACGUAUGCGAUGUCCUGAAGGAACUGCAAAAAAUGAAGCUCUUUUAGAAAAUAUUUUCGUAAUGAUCGUUUCUGUACGCAUUAUUAGUAUGAAUCUUCGAGGAGCGGAUUCAAAUGAUUCUUACUUUCGAACCUUGCCUCAAGUCUACAUGAUACCUUAUCAAGGUUCAAGUUCGUCAACUUCUGAAGGAAUUACAAAAGUCUUUCAAACUGCUCAAAAUUAUCAACAAACUAGUUCAAAAGAAAAUCCAGUUACUGCUGUUGUUCUUUUGGACGAAGUUGGUCUUGCUGAAACUAGUCCAUAUAAUCCAUUGAAAGUACUCCACGCCUUAUUGGAGCCACCUCUUGGUUCCCAAAGUAGUGAACCAGUAGUUCCUGUUAUUGGAAUCAGCAAUUGGCGAUUAGACAAUAGUAAAUCCAGUCGUGCAUUAUUAGUUCAACGUCCUCUCUUUGCAGAAAAUGAUCUGGCUGAUACCGCAAGACGUUUACUUGGGGAUAUCAAAGAAAUCUAUAAUAUUGAUGAGUUUUUGAAAAAACUUGCAAAAUCAUAUCUUGAGUACAUUAAAAAUCAAAAAUAUCCAAAUUUUCAUG